GCCGGCGAAGAGGUGGACGAUUCGGGCGGCCGUGUCAAAGUACGGCACGUGACGCCCGGGUACCCGGCGCACGGGAUCGGCACCGGUACGGGUCGGCCAUGUAUUAUUGCAGGCGUAGCGCAGGCUCUCCCGCAACCGGAUGACGGCGAAAAAAGAGGUUUGGGGAAAAUAUGCGUCGGUUACGCGGCGGACACUGCGGGCGGCCGUGUCACACGUAUAUAGCACAGGAUCCCGCAACCGCUCCUGGUCCUGUUUUCGAACGUACCUUUCCAUACUGAUAAAGUUGCUACGGUGUUUGCGGUUUUUUGAUUAUGGAUUUACGAACUUCUGUCGCGUUCUCGGAAACUGCGUGCAAAUACGAAUUAUAUUAUACGUAUCGUUAUUUACUCGCCGCCGUUUGUAAAAAACCGACUUCAUGCACUCCGGCGAACCGAAAAUAAAAGACUGAAAACGACGUUUUCAAACAUAAAUCGACGCGUAUCGGUGUAUUGAUAAAAAAAAAAAAAAAAAAGCAAAAUACAUAAUUCGUUUGAACGCUCACUGUUUCUAUACACCGGCCGCGGUUUAAAACAUUCGUACGUUGUGUUAUACACACAAACACACACACACGCACAAUAUAUGCGUAACGGUCUAGAGUAAAGGUUAUACCUACCCGUAUUAUUUUUAUCGCCGCCAGUGUUCGAUAAAUAAAAUAUUCCGGGGGAGUACGCAAUCGUUCAACACCGCCGCAACCGUAAAAGUGCACGGAUCGGGCCUAUAAUAAUAUAAUUUCCGUAUAUGAAAAUCGAUACUCAAAACGUGCAUACCUGUGUUUUAUAACGCACGUAUGUAUAUACGGGUCUGGAAUUAAAUUUCCCUCGACGCGAGAUUAUUUCACGCGAUUCGCUUUUUUUUUUUUUAUUAUUGUACCGAUUGUACAGCGCAGGUAUUUAACCGAGAGAAGAAGACGGCACUCCGAUAAUUGUGUACAUUUAUUUCCGUGCACCGUUUUAAUAGUGAACAAAACGUAUUGAAUUGCCGACGUCCGAGGUCGUGUCGUAAAAAAAUCAUAUAAAAAAAAAAAAAAAACCACCUCCGUGGAAAUACGUUAAACAAUAAUAAUAUUACGAUGUACGGCGGCGUGGACCGGGCGAGUUGAAUAUUAAAUCGUUCGUGUCGAUCGAACAUUUAAUCGACAUUUUAAACGAAAGUUAUCUUUCGUAUAGUCGUUAUGGCCGUGUAGUAGAAAAACAUCGAAAUCGUUUUGUCCCCUAUUGUGUAGCAAAGGCUGGUAACCAGAAUCGGAAACAGAAAAAAAAACCAAAGUUCAGGGGUUUCGCGGUCGGCGAAAUCAGGACGGUUUUAAACAUUCAAUAUUACGUGAGCGAUGUUGAUAGUUUAACCGAAACCGAAAACGUAAAUGAAAAGCGUAUUCGCGGAGAAAAACAAUUUUUUUCUUUUUCGCCGAUUUUUCGCGAUUUAUGAAUACUACGUCACCUGCGGUUGCGUUUUCUCUCCUUUACAAGUUUGUUUACUCUCCCUACUUUCACCGACCGACCAACAGAUUAGACGGUCGUCGUUUCUGCCAAACAUUUUAUUUUCGUUUCCGUCACAUCGAAAUAGGUUCGUACCCGCGAAAAUCUUUUCUCUACCCAUCUCAAGUAUAUUUUGAAAACAAGAGUGACCCGGAGGCACCGCGAAGAGCCGGUUCUCAUUGCUCCACGAAAAUAGAUUUUUUCUACUUAUUUUUAUUAUUAAACUGAUCGUUAUUAUUUUAGUUAAAUUCGUGUUACAAAUUCGAUCAACAAUUUCGAAAAUUAAUAUAGUUUAGAAAUAAUCAUCUUUGAUGUAUUCUUCGAGUGUGUUUGGAGAUUUUUUCUCUCUGUUUACAACUCUACUAUCACAAAUCUCUCUCCUAUCGCGAAAAAAAUCAAGGUACCGUAUUCCGUUGCAUUUCUGAUCUAAUCGGUGUAUCGGGGAGGUCGUUUUUUUUCCUAGGGUUUAUCAUAUAGCAUGCGGCCAAAAUCAAAAAAACAAUUUUUUUGUUCUCUCGAUUUCGGACGAGCGUACACUGUUCACGUCUCAAUCCUUGCGGGCCUGAGGAAUAGUGAUUGGAAAUAGAUUCGGCGGAUCCGGUACGUGUUUUAGCGGGGGCGAAGACGAGGGAGGCCCCCGCGUCGGAUUUACCUUGUGUGUCCCGUUCUCUCCCCUCCUCCCGAGAGCGAAUAGCUACGGUUAUUGUAUCCGCGCUCGCUUUUCGCAACCGCUUUCACGAGAAAAAGGAGGGGGUAAGGGGAGGGUAAUGCGUAUCGUGCGUAUUGCGGCGGAUGACGACGAAAAGCCGGCCCGGGUAAAAGGAGACCGGUAAAAACACGCGAGUACGGAAACGAGAGAAGCAGACAUUAUAGAGAAAGAAAAAAAACAAAAAAAAAAACCGAAACAAAAGGAUUAUUUAACGUAACAAUAACGAUCCGGCGGGAACGGUAGCGGCGGCGGUGCCCUCCGUGUCCGUCAUCGUCUCCGCGGCGGAGUUAAUGAAUACCGCGACUACUGCUGUUAGUCACUGCGCGUCGUCGUCACCGCCGACGUGGUGUCUGCCGCCGUCGCCGUCCUCCGGGCAGAGUGUACACAUGACGCGUGCUGCGCGAUAUUAAAGCGUUCCGUUUUGUCAUCAUUACCGGAGCCAUUGUCGUGAAAAGCGUGCGUACGUGCGCGCGGUCGAAAGCGCGGCGCGUACACGCAAAGAAAACGAAACGUUUCGUGUUUAUUGGAUCGCGCAUACCUGUAUAAUAUUACGUAUAUGCAUAUUAACCGUAGACUUGUACGGAUCUUGAAAAGAAGCGACUUUGAUGUGCGGGGGAGGGGUGUAGAGGAACGUGUCUACAGCCCCCCCCCGACCUAGUGUUUGAUACCACGCCUAAUUGAAACGCGUGCGAAUUACGCAAAGUCAAUUACAAUAACGUGUUAAAUAUUAGCAAAAAAAAAAUUUUGAAAAUUCCAAUGCGGCGGUACUGGGGUUGCCUACGUUACGACGGAGAACGUUAGCCCGGAGGACUGGUAGACGCGCUGUUAUAAUCAGUGCUUGAAUCGGUAGGGGGGGUCGCAGCGGAUGGAAUACCACUUCUCUUCUGAAAAUGUUUUAGCGCACCACUUCUAUAAUUUUUCUUAACGGCCUUAAUUAGUUUGAAUUCAACAAUUACAAGGGAAGCAAUUCUUUUUCAAGCCUCACGGUAGGUACGACUCCUUCUUUUAUUUGUCCAAUUUCGGUUAUAAUAAAACUGCAGUUUACUCGAUUUAGCGGUAAAUUAAACGAACGUUUCUUACCGGUAUUUACAUUACACACACACAACGCUGUUUGCAGUUUCCUGAAUCAUCACUACGCCCCGAUGACCCUCGUAACGUAAUAUAUUAUCAUACAGCCACUUAUAACCGCCCUGUACAUUAUACCGUGCCACCGAGGACGAGGGUCUGAUGCAUGACGUCUGUUAUACCCGUAGAGAAAUGUGUGAAGCGAUGCGUUUCGACGAGACGGGGGAAAGAAGCGCUUCGGAAAAACUACAAUAAUAAUUUAUCCGUUUGAAAAUCCAAUGAUUAAACAAAAGAGCUUUUGCCGCGCGAGAUAAAUAACGCGAGCGGCGCGCGACGACGACGACGACGACGAUGACGCGGUGUAAUUUCGCGGAGAGGAUUUACAGUCGAACCGCCGCCCGCAGGCUAUUGAAAAAGUCUCUUUUCGUCAAAACAAUAAUUUUACGAUUAAGCACGAGAAACCUCGACUUCCUGCACUUCCUCGGCGUUCUUCGUGAAACGAUCGCCUCGUCUCGACGCGUCCUAUACAGAAAACCGACAAACCAUGGCUACAGGUGCGCGAGGCGUCGACAACAGAUUAUCGAUCUAGUGUUUCGUCUAGAUCGAAAACCAGACGGGGGAAAAAAAAAAAGAGUAUAGUGACGACGGCUAUUGGCGGUUUCCAGUUAGUUGUACGGAAUUGCGGGAAAGUAGUCCUAUUUAAUAUUUUUUUUUUCUUUUUUUUUUUCAUAAGAAAAAGUCUUAAUUUAUAAAUAAUAUAAAUAAUGAAGGGUAAAAUAAUAUGAAUAAUAAUUAAAGUAAUACAAUUGAAAAUUAUUAAUACUGAUACAAUUAACAUUAGUAAUAAUUUGUUUACGAAUAUAGAUAGAAAAUUAAUGUGGCGUGUUGGAAAGACAAUAUGCAACAAAGAUAGCAUUGAGAUCACUUUGAAUUCCACGUACGUCAAAUAUGACUAUUAUAGAAAGUCAGGAAAAUCUGUGGAUAUCAAAUUGAAAUAAAACAAAUCUUUUUUUUCCAACAGGAAAAUAGAACGUUCAUGAGGCUACGAAAAACUGUCAACGUCGUACUAAAAAUAAUCACCAGGGUUGGAACAAUCGUUUUACGCAUCUCGUCGGACACGCGCAUCCAACCGUAUGGAAGUCAAUUAUUAAAACGCGGAAAGAUUUAGGAGCAGUUCGGGCUAAAAUAGCGUUGCAAGAAUUAGGCAAGACUAUUCCAGUAUCAAAACGACGAAAAUUCGGUAACAUCGGUGAACGUUUAAAGAACUUGUGCUCUAGUGUGGUUGAUGGUGAAAUAUCAAUGGACGCAUUUUUAAUUAGCAUUGCC